AUGACGCUAUGGAAUGGCUCCUUCCCCUUCUACCCUGGUGCCAAUGCAUGCUUCCCCUUUGACACCACCUGGGCUGUCAUUGUUUCCAUCUUCCUCUCCAUGUUGGCCACUUUCAUCAUCAUCCUGCCAGGGAUCCGGGGCAGGGGGCGACUCUUCUGGUUCCUGCGGGUGGUGAUGGGUCUCUUCGUGGGAGCGGUGGUCCUCACCACACAGUUCACCAGGGACUGGGAGACCGGCUGGGUGACAGCAAACACCUCCUACAAGUCUUUCAGCUGUGCCCUGGUGAAUGUGGACAUUGGGCUGCACAUUGGCCUGGCGGGGGUGAAUGUCACACUGGUGGGAAACCCAGUGCAUCAGCUCAAUGAGACCAUCAACUACAACGAGCAGUUUGCGUGGAGUUUUGAUGCAGACUACGAUCAGAGCUAUGAUGAAGGCCUGGAAAAGGGGCUCCCCAGUCCCAUCCUCUACGUGGCAGAGAAGUUCACCUCACAGAGCCCCUGCGGCAUGCACAGGCAGUACCGCAUCUCCAGCCACUACGCGUCUCUCACACUGUGGAUGGCCUUUUGCACAUGGCUCGUUUCCAUCCUGUUGUUCUCCAUGCCCAUCCUGCUCUAUGGUGGCUACAUGCUUCUGCUCACUGCUGUGCUGAUGCUCUUCUCACUGCUCUUCUUCUUCACUGCAAGGAGCACCACGAAGUGCCCCAUCUGGUUUGGCACAGCUUCCUUGAAAACAUACUAUGGAGGAUCCUUUUGGCUGACAUUAGUGACAGGGCUACUGUGCCUGCUGCUGGGGCUGGGUGUCAUCGUCUUCAACUCUGUGCAGCCAGAGAAGCUGAAGCUUGUCUUUAACCUGGACGAGGGAAAGGGAGAAGAAGAGGAAGGGUGGGACAAGCCCUACCUGCCUGCUGAGCCCAGCUCCUCUGCACAGGACAUGCUGAUGGUACCCCUGGGUGAGCUUUGCGAGGUGACAGCUACCCACCAGUAA